AUGAAACUAUUGUUUCCCUUCUUCCGAAGAACUCUUUACCCGAUUCUAUAUUUCCUACCUCUGGUAUUCACCAUCAGCGAUGUGCCGGGGAGCUACGCUUUUCAAGCUCGCGACCUGAGAAAUGGUACAAUCGUUAUACCCAAGGCCGGAUUAGGUUGGGCCAACGCAGAUAUGGUAGACAUGAGACAGUUUACAAGUACAGGAAACGUUUCAUGGUAUUAUACAUGGAGCGCUUUCCCGACAGAGGCUGAUAUAGAAUUUGUACCCAUGUUCUGGGGCAACAAAUCUUUUGACCAGUUUAAUUCGACAAUGCAGCAAGUCCUAUUUAACAAUGUUAAUAAUGUUACAACUCUUUUGGGCAUGAACGAACCGGACAUACCAAGCCAGGCUAAUGUAACACCGGAACAAGGCGUGGAGAUGUGGUUGACUUAUAUUCAGCCGUUUCAUGAUCAAGGUCUCCGUCUGGGUAGCCCUGCACCUUCGAGUUCCCCGGCUGGGAAGGCAUGGCUACAUGAAUUCCUAACUACUUGCGGCAACAAUUGCACAGUUGAUUUUAUUGCCAUACAUUGGUAUGGCACGGACGCCUCACAAUUCAUCACUUAUCUCGAAGAUUUUAAUGCUACAUUCGGGAAGCCACUAUGGGUUACAGAGUGGGCGUGUCAGAAUUAUGUGGAUCUUUCAGCACAGUGCUCCUUCAAUGACGUAGAGGAGUUCCUGAAUAUCACUCAAACGUACAUGAACCAAGCUGACUUUGUGGAGCGCUAUGUUUGGAGCGAUGAAGGAUUUGCAAGGACUCAACAAGGACAAUGCAUUAAUCGACGACAAUGGUAA